AUGACUCCCAAGACGUCUCCACCACCUACAGCAGUGGGCACGCCGUACGGCCAUCCUGCGCCCUCGCCUCUCGCUCAUGCGUACCACCACGUUCACGACCCCGACCGCGAUACCUCGGACGCGGACUCACUACGCACAUCGUACGGGUUCGGACCCAGCCCCAGCGCGAGCUGCGCCAGCCUGACGUCGCUCACCACAUCCGCCUCCUCGCACUACUCUAAAUCGCAAUCUCCCUUGCAUACCCGCUCCUUUGUCGUCAAGAAGCCACUGCCGCCCACACCAACCUCGGCGCCACCGCUCGCCGUGCCCUCCUCGCCUUCGUCAACGUCCCUCGUCUCCGUCUUCCGCAUGGCAUCUCUCAACUGCUUCCGGCGGAGCAAGUCCAAGGCGAAGGAGAGGCCCAAGAAAGAACCCGCGACACCCGAAGACACGGUUCGCGUCGACUACCCGUACAUUGGCGCGCACCUCGAUCGCGAGCGCUCGGCCGUGCCGCCCCCGCCCGAGCAUGCAUACACGCACGGGCUCCCAGACCCGCACUUGCCUUUGCCCCCACACAACGCCUGGGGGAAAGCGCGCGCGCACCGUGCUCCAGCGACUCCGGAGCCUCUCAGCCCGCGCCGGGAGAUGCCACACUCGCCGCUGGCCACGCUCGCCCUCGAGGAGGAGGACCAUGUGCAUAUAUACGAUUCCGGGCACUUCUACCCCCGCGCCCGCCAUUCGCGCCCGGUGCAGCUUCCAUCCCCCGCCCUUGCCGUUUGCGAGCCGCCAAUGCGGUCUCGCGCGGCGCCACUUCUACCCCCGCGCCCGCCAUUCGCCCAGCACCGGCCAGCGCGCCGCGCGGUCACGAAACGGGUCGGCAGCGCCCUGAGAGGUGUGCCAGCAGCGGGACGCCCGACUUCAACCACCACCGCCAAGACGCGGGACAUUCAAUUUUCCUCCACCAUUGCCGAGACGUGUGCUGUCCUCAUGCUGCACGCCGAUGCCGAUGCCGCCGCCGCCGCCGCCACCAGGGCCAGCAGCGAUAGCGCUGACCACCCCGGCCAUCAGCAUGCCCCAAGAGUGCCGCAACGCGCACGCUCCUCGUGCUGCAUGCGCGCCGCCCCGUUCGACUGGGCAUCGUUUGCCAAUGCGCCGUGCAGUCACGAAACGGGCGGGCAAUGCCCCGAGAGGCGUGCCAGCAGCGGGACGCCCAACUUUGACCACUACCACAGAAGACACGCACCUCCCUCGUGCUGCAAGAGCUCGCUGCCCCAUUCGACCGGGAUUGUAUUGUCUUUUGGUUAUAUAUACACGUAUCACAAGUGA